GAACCUUCGCUGCCGCUUGUCUGUGGUAAACGAAACACCAGCUACGUCGUAAGAGGGAACAUCAGCUCCCCUCGCGCCUGGCCGUGGCAGACUGGAAUCAAGCUGUCCAAUGACAAGAUACUAUGCGGGGGAUCUUUGAUCAAUAAAAAAUGGGUGCUGACCGCAGCACAUUGUGUUUAUGGGCUGUUCAGAGGACUUACGGUUGACGCUACAGGAUGCGUAGUUCCUCGCAAGCAAGUCACUUUGAUAUUUGGGGAGUUUGAUGCCAGAAACAUUGAUGGGUACGAGGUCCACAAAAGUAAGUUGUAUACUUUUAACACCACCGUUAUAUCUGUGGCGGAACUUUUCACACCUUCCGCUUAGUUCAACUUUCCACUCCACACCUCCCCUCAUUUUCAUGCAUUCCAAGUUACGUCCAUUUUUGAAAGUUUUACCGCUUUUAAAUGCUGACGAUUCAUCGUGACUUCAUUGGGUAAAUUUGCCUUCGAUCUUACUCACAGGAGCGGUAUGAACAAAUUGAAUUCAAAAGUUGAAAGAGCUGCCGGUUAACUUCAGUUAUCUGUGUACUUUGUAGCGGUAUGUCACCAUAUUAAGGACAUAUCAGAAAUGAAAACCUGCAUAAUUAAUUACUGGUAAAUACUACCUUACAUUCUUUGUCCACUUUUUGGUUUUUUAAAACAGACUUUUUUCAAAAGUAUUGAUUUAACGGGCACAAUUUUCAAGGAUAGCUUAUUGUGCCAUGUUUUCUCGCUGCCCCUUUUAAGCCUUUUUCACUGCCUCUUUGCUUGCUAGUUUUAUACCUUGAUCACACUAGUGAUGUGCGUGCGCUGAUAAGCAAAACUGAAUUGCAAACAGCGUCCGCGAUCGCUCUUGACGGUUAAAUGUAAUAACGUAUUAUUUUUAGGGUUAUUACGUGAUAGCCUCUGUGUUUUUUACAGACAUUUCCAAGAUCUGUCCACACUCGAAUUACAACCACGUGACUCUGGAUUACGAUAUAGCGCUUCUUCUCUUGGAGUCUCCACUACUCGCCUUUAACGACACAAUGAGUCCCGUAUGUCUUCCAACGAGUCUAACCAGUUUUCCAUCCGGGACCUACUGCUGGGUAACCGGUUUCAGCAAGAAGAGACGCACCAGACGAGACACCAAUCUGCUACGUCAAGCCGAACUACCCCUGCAACCGCUGAGCUAUUGCAGGCAGCAAUAUCCAUUCUACACUAUAACCUCUCGCAUGCUCUGCGCUGGGUUUGAGGACGGGGGGAUUGACAGUUGCCAAGGAGACAGCGGGGGCCCGCUUGUUUGCCAAGAAAUUGAGAGCGGAAAAUUUGUGCAAGUGGGCGUGGUCAGUUGGGCUAGCGCAUGCGCACAGCCUGGGCAACCAGGGGUGUAUACUGACGUGAAAUAUCUUCUUCCUUGGAUUCAUAAGAUCAUACGUUAA